AUGGGCAUGUCCGAGAUGGGAGCGGGUCCGAUCCAUAAGAUCAGUUUGAAUGACAGCGUGACAAGGAUGCGCUCAAGGAUCAGUCCUCCGGUGACGGUCCGUAACUCGCGGAAUGCCUCGCACCACUACGCUUCCACCGCUUCCUGCGCAUCGGCGAGUGACGACUUCUUUCACUCCUUCCAAGACUCUCGCUUCAAUUUCAUUGUCUGCGCCAACUCGCGUGAUUUAAACACAACAAACUAACAACCUCAGCACCAAAAAAGCCUCCUGAUUCCGUCACACAUGCCUUCACGCGACUUGAAGAUCCUGCUCCUCGUCUGUAGUCUGCCAUCCAUACCGGGUGUUAUUGCCAUCAAUGCCAUGCUUGCGCCAGUUUCCUAACGGCUGUCUUGGGUAAUGGGCCACUUAGAGCUGGAGACGUUGGUGAUCUGAUGACUCUCGCCUACUUCUUGGAAGUAUAUGUGAAUCUACCAGUUCAACUCC